UGUAUAUAAUCCCGGAGCUGACCCAGAAAAGUAACUCUGGUGACGGAUUCUCGCUCGCCCCACAGUGCACUAGAGAGCACCGAUCAUUUUAAUUCGAUGAAAUACAUGUAUUUGGCGCAUCGCCUUUGGAAGUAAAGACGGAGAUCCAAUAGCAGAAAGAGAACGAGAGAACUUCAGAGCAGGGCCAUUUAGCUGGGUGAUAGAGAAACCAUGGCAGACCACAUGAUGAUGCCCAUGUCCCACGGCCCUGCGACGGCCCUCCAUGGCUACAGGAUGGGGGGAAUGGGUGGCCCUCCACAGCACGCCGUGCCGCAACCCGGCCUCCGCACCCUUCCCAACGGCCAGGUCAUGCACUACGGCCGGGUGCCGCAGACCUCCAUGGAGGCCGCCAUGAGGCAGCGGCCCGGUCUGGGGAUGGUGGGGCCGCCUGGGAUGAGCGGUCAGGUGAAUGGCCAGGUCAACGGAGCACAGAUGGGAGGACACCAUCACCAGAUGAACCAGAUGAUGUAUAACCAACAGCAUCAACAACAACAGCCACAUCAACAACAACAGCAGCACCACCACAUGCAGCAGCAGCACCCCCAGUCUCAACCCCAGCACCCCCAGCAACAGUACCACCCCAGUGGGCUCACCUCCCAGCAGCUGAUGGCCUCCAUGCACCUCCAGAAACUCAACACCCAGUACCACGGACAUCCACUGGGGCCGGUCCAGGGCCAUCACCUGGCCAACGGGGCCCAGUACAGAGUAGGGCCUGGCCAGCUGGCCAGCAUGCAGCACAUGGGUCAGGGUGGGCCAGGUAUGGUGCUGGGACAGAAUAUGGACAUAGACCUGAUAGAUGAGGAGGUUCUGACAGCGCUGGUGUUGGAGCUGGGUCUGGACCGGGUUCAGGAGCUCCCAGAACUGUUCCUGUGUCAGAACGAGUUUGACUUCAUCCCUGACUUUGUUAAUAUGAAACAGCAGCCGAGCACCGUGAGCUGCUGAGAGAUACACAACAGUCAGACGAAGAAAGACGCUGUAAAAACAGGCCGGCGCCCAGAGAAAGACUGAACCACAGACUAGACUAGCCACAGUAGCACACACAAGAGGAGACACGCAGACUAUUGUUUCAGUUCUCUCUGUGUGAGUUUAGGCUAUCUAUCUGUGACCAUGUAUAGUAGAUCUACAGAACACACUGACCUACCUGUGAAUAGUAGGCCUACCUGUUGGUUUAAGAUGAAUUGUAAGGACAGAAAGAGAGGAGAGGAAACGAAAGCUUCCUCUGCAUCAGGCUGGCCAGCAUCAGUGUCGGUGAGAGCUGAGCUCAGUCAGCCCGGCCACAGGGUGGCGCUCUCUCUGGCGCAGUGGCCUCUGUCGAUUCUGUACUGCCUUCCGUCCUGCCUCUGGGCUGCCACCCAUGCCCUAGUGUCAAUAUGUGUGCUGAGGCCUGAGGGAUGAAUGUAGACUCAUUCAGCAGGACAGGAAGACGAGACAGACAAGCUGAGACAAUACAAAGACUAGCUUCACCUGAGACUACUAGAUUUGAUCUAUGGCUUUUAGAAAUGUAUUUAUUUAUGAAUUUACCCAACCAAGUAGCUAGCGGACAUUUGACAAAUUGAGUUGGUCGUCUGAUUAUGAAUUAGGCUGUUGGGGGGAAAAGAGUUGUUCAAAAAUAUGCCUAACUUUAUUGUGUGUAUGUUGAAGGCUGGUUCUUCAAAACAGGCUUGGGCGAUUCCUUCCUCAUUACCUUACCAUUUCCUUUAGUAAGAGCCUGAGAGAGAGAAUGGGCCAAUGGGGUUAGAUUUUCUUGGGUGGUGGGGGUUUAUUAGUCUCUGAUUGGUUAGGAAUUAACUGUGUUACCCUGGCAAUCUGGUUCCUCUCCCUGACAUAAUCUGAUCACAUAAUCAGAACAACAUUAUAAUUAUCAUUAAAACUUAUGUUUCCUUGAAUCUUA